CGCGCUCAGGCUUCAUGCUUUGUCUCAACAACAGAUCAUAGCAAGUCUUGCUCGCCUUUUAAUCCAUAAUUGCGACUUUUCUCAUCUUGCUAUCAAUCAAACUACUUUUUUUAUACAAAAUAUUCUCACAAUCAUCAAUACGUCGGCCUCACUUAUCGACUUAAAAGAUAAUAAUAACAUAACAACUGACAAGCCAACAUCAACUUGAAUGAAAUCCAACCAACACUACAGCAAAACAAUUCUGCACAGCUUCUUCAAUUGAAAUCAACAAUCCUUUCGAAAAAAGGUCCAUCGAGAAGGUAAAUCUCCAUACAGACUUAGGUUGCAUAUCCUGUCUUUCAUUCAAAGAUCCGCACAACCAGAUUCCGUUGUAUCAAGAAUUUAACAAUCAUGCACAGCUAUUCUCAUAAUAAAUACAACAACCAUUUGACUCGUUCAUCCUACAACACAUAACGAUCGACCAACCGACCAAUACAAUACAAGCACGCUUUCAAAAUCAUUUUCAAGAGCAGAAAAUGGCAGCGCCGGGAACUCAAUCCUUAAAGGUUAGAUUUAUUGUACCUCUGGCAAAUAUUGAUCUCAUCGUGUGUUGAGUAAGGAAACUGACCUUAUCUAUGAACAGUGUGUUGUGACAGGAGACGGAGCUGUUGGCAAGGUAUUUCUCCAGUUCAUCAAUACAUGUUUAAUUCAAUCACUUACAUUAUUCCACAGACAUGUCUUCUAAUUUCGUAUACUACUAAUGCAUUUCCCGGAGAAUAUAUUCCUACUGUGUGAGUAUGGGUGCUUGGUUACAUUAAGGCUGGAUACUAACAUAGUCAGGUUCGACAACUAUUCGGCCAGUGUCAUGGUUGAUGGGAAGCCAAUAAGCCUUGGUUUGUGGGAUACUGCUGGACAAGAGGACUACGACAGACUGCGCCCACUUUCCUAUCCACAAACAGAUGUUUUUUUGAUUUGCUUUUCCAUUGUCAGCCCUCCAUCUUUCGACAACGUCAGAGCAAAGGUAUGCCUUUAAACCUCACACAUCUGCAGGAGAUUUAUGACUAUGUUCCACUAACACAAUUGAAAAAAUAGUGGUUUCCCGAGAUAUCCCAUCAUGCGCCCGGUGUUCCAAUCAUUCUUGUCGGAACAAAGUUGGAUCUUCGAGAUGAUGAGCCUACGAAAGAAUCCCUUCGAUCCAAACGAAUGGAGCCUGUAACCUAUGACCAGGCGAGAGUUGUUGCCAAAGAGAUCCGAGCACACAAAUACUUAGAAUGUUCUGCCCUCACUCAAAGAAACCUGAAGAGUGUGUUUGAUGAAGCAAUCCGGUAAGACAUGUUCCCUAUUGCGCGAUAUGACGGUGAUCAGCUAACUGGACUAAAGAGCCGUUCUAAGUCCGCAACAACAAGCACCCAAACCAAAGAAGUCUAAGUGCAUAGUUCUGUGAAGUAAGAGCGAUUGGAGACAAUGACAGGUGAAAACCUAUAGACACAUCAUCGGUUACCACGAAUGAUAUGGUUGGAAGUGGUUCAACCUCUCCGAUUACUGGAGAUGCAGGAUUUUGAGGAGUAAGGUGCUGGAAAUACGAAUGGGUUAAUAUCAAGCUUUUUCUGUUUCUUGACUUUUUCGUUUCUAUGCUGUAGAAUUUGGCAUUAUAUGGAUGUGGCAGCAUAUAUCGAUGCAGCAUGCAUCUUUGAAGAUACCGAAGAUACCUCCUUUUCUGUAGAUAAGUCAAGAUAAAUGCACGGAGUAAUGAAGAAAUAAACAAAUAAGGAUCUUGAA